AUGGGUCAUAUGAACAACGAAACGCAUUACCGGGUCAUAUUGCAUGGCCCGUCAACUUGGAAGGGUGUUACAAGUGUUGGUAACUUGGAUCAGCAAGCCCCUUUCAUAGUUGCUUUUGACCCUCAGAAUAAUCUGGUCUGUAUGCAUCAAGGUACCCUAGAGUUGGAUGAUUUCGUUAUAGACGAUAUAACGUGUUCGACUCAAGUAUUGUCUCUGUUUUUUUUCGAAACUCGUAAUCAGGCUACUGAUGCAGAGCAUGUGCUUAGGAAAUCUCUAGAUCGUCUGCAGACAUUAUACGAUAUUUUCAGGAAUACUAGUGUGCUCGAAAUUCUUGAACAGGUACUGGGUACAAUUCAUCUUCCUGUGGAGAUCGUGUCACGUCGCAUGGAUCUCGCUAUAGAAGGAUCCGAUUAUAGUCAGAGUGGGGGUAAUUCAUCAUUGGAGUGUGAUAAAUCGGGUUCUUAUAACCUUCGCCUAGCUAUAUUCAAUCGUUUAGUCCCAGUAACCCCAGAAAUGGAUAUUAUGGAGCAUGUGAGGCAAGCCGUAGGGAAGAAGAAUCAUUUAGUAAAUCGUGUAUCUAUGAGCUUCUACCAAAUACCUAUUAACCGUUCAACAAAUGAUAUACAGGCCCCUAUGUCCGUUGGCGGUCCGUAUGUUCUUCGUAAAUCUGCGCGUUCUACACCACGAAAUGUGACCCGUGGGACAACACCAUCAGCCCGUGCAGGUAAGGCGGUGGUGGACCUUUACAGCAAGAGGGGGUUAAUAAACCCACCGGCCCAAUGGGCUGCAUCCACCUAUGAUGCCAAUGUUUUGGUUGCUUCUAGCCCUGUCUUGAAUGGCGCCUUAACAUCCCAAAAAUUGGAAGAAACCAUAGGAGAACUCAGAUCGGUGUCCCAAGAGCAUUACGUUGUUACUGAAGAGCUGGGCAAGACUGACAAUGUCCCUAGUGCGCGUGAUGGUAAUACCAAGGCUGUGCAUGUGCAUAAUGACCUCGAGGUCAAUGAUGAUUUCAAUUUUGCCGAUAUAAGGCCACCAACAUCGGACCGUACCAACGCUUCAGGUAUCGCCAAUGCCGUGGACAUAGCUCUAAAAUUAUUCGACACUUGGAAUUUCGAUGAUUAUGAGGUUGUCAACAUGCCCGAGCCUGUUAUACAGAUCCCCCGCUCUUCCAGCAGGAAAGUUAGCAUCAAUUGUGACACAGAGCGUGUUAAACAGCUCGAGGAGGAGAACAAGUGCCUGUUGGAGAGUAACGACCGUCAUCAGCGUGAGAUAUCAUUAUUGCGUGACCAAAUCGAUGAGGUGGAGCAUAAUCUCCGUAACGAGUUGAAUGCAGUAAAGCUUCAGCAUGAGAUUGAGACAUCUAAACUUAACGAGACCUUGCGAGAGAAGGAGAACUUUAUCACUGAAAUCACUUCAGCAAGGUCAUCCAAGGAGUCAAGCGACUCAUUGUUGCCUAAUAUGGACGACCUUAGGCAACAGCUUAAUGUCGUCAUGUCUGAGAAGAGUGAUUUGCUUAAGCAGGUUCAAUCAAUUAUUGAAGAGAAGGAGGCAUUGGCUAAGGAGGUGGAAUCUUUCAGGUCCAAGCUGACAGAUGUCAAGGUCAUGGAAAAAUCGAUUAAGCAAAUCAAGAUUGAACGUGAGGGUCAAAUGGCUGUUAUGCGUGACUGUAUCGCUAAGCAACAACAGGAGAAGGACCAGUUGUCAGUUGAGUUGAACAAGUACCGUCGUGAGCAUCGUAAGCUAACAAAUGCUCUUGAUACCUCGAGAAAGAUCGAGAGUACGUUAAGAGAGACUGUUUUGCGUUGUGAGAAGGAUUUGGCUCGUUUGAGUGGAAAGGAGAAGGAUCUGGUUGCAUCUAAUUCCCUUAUAUCUGAUUUGAAGAGAGAGAUAAGUAAGCAUGAGCGUAGUGCGGCAGAGUUGAAAGAGCAAUUGGAUAAGGUUGUUCGUGACGCGGAUCUUGCUAAAGAGGAAUUAGAGGCGGAGCGUAGGUACUCAUCUCAGCUUAAAGAAUCGUUAGAGGAGUCCGCUUUGAAUAAUGAUAGCUUGGAAUGUGAUCUAAAGAACCUUGAGUCUGUAUGUGAUCGUUUAAAGCGUGAGAAAUCAGAUUCCGUUGACCGCGCUCUUAAAGAUAAGUUGAAGAGCGAGGCGUUAUUACGUGAACACGAACUGAAGUGUACCGGUUUAUCCACUCAAGUUUCUGAAUUGGAUAUUAAGCUGAACCUUGCCGUGGCGAAAUACGAGCGUACAAUUGAGGAAUAUGCCGGUCACAGCAUAAAAUGUUGUGUGGAUCGUGGUAUUAGUCAAACAAGAUUGGUUUCUAGUGGUCGUUUGAGGAGCGGUUUGAUAAAUACAAUUCUUCGCUGCAAGGCUGAGCUUGCUCGUAAGCGUUGUCAGCAGAAGUUGAUGGCGAAAGCAUUGCAAUUGCCCGAUGACACUACGGAUAAACAGAUUGUGUCUGAAUUGUUAAAGCGCAACAGCAUGCAAUCUAUCACAAAGCAUAAGGUUGUGAACUAUGAGAAGUUGAAGGCUGCCUAUAACAAGCUGAAGUCUGAGAAUGAUGAGCAUGUUCGUCAGUUAUCUCUUAAAAAGCAGGGUUGUAAAAACUGCACACGUCGUCAGGAUACAUUGUUUGAGGAGAAUAGACGGUUGAUGUCGGCUCUGAGUUUAGAGCGUGAACGAUUGGCAACUUUAGAGAUUGAUGCUAAGCAGCAGAUCCGCAGUGAGUUAUCUAAGACGAACGAGGAGAAGCGUUUAUUAUAUGCUAAGCAAUGUGAGCUUCGUAUGCAGAACCAGGAUUUGAAAGAGGAGAUUGCUGUAUUGCGUCGUGAGGUAACCAUGUUACAUAUGGGUUCUGCUGAUAUGAACGGCAAAUGUAGCGGCAAUACUUCUACGUAUCCAUCGAUUGAUGGUAACAAUUUGGUGGUUCAUAAAUUGAGUAGCAUGCCUAAUGUGUUUGGUGAUGCCAAGGUUUUUCGGGAUCUUCCUGCCAGCCGAAUGAGCGACAGUACUUUUGAUGACGUGAGGAGUAUCGAUUACGGCCGCAGUAUCGAUUCUAAUAAGCCUGCAUCAAUUGAUAAAGGUAUCAUACCGGGUUCUCCAUGUGCCUACAAGGACACUCGUGCAUCACUUUACAGCCGCCGGGCUACAUUGGAGAGGCUUCGCACCCGUCAAUUAAAGCAUGCCGACACUGCAGAGGUCUGUGGCGAUAGUACGCUAAAGACUAGGCAUCCCUGGAUUUUUUAA